CAAAUCACCACAUCCAAAUGGGCAGAUGAAUGUUGUUUAUCGUAAUAGUCCGACUCGCUCGGGAAAAUCUGGUUCUUUGAGAAGUCGACCACCGACAACCGAUUUGCAUAGUAGUGACAUUAAACAAGACUCUGACAGUGAACGUAACAAUGCGUCGCGCAAUCGAGUCGAAAUAACUCAGGAUUCAGCACCGUUCAAGGCUGAUAAUCGUAGUCCAGUUGAUGGAAACAAAUCACCAGCGUUCGAUCGGCAAGAAAACAUCACGGAUCGUCAAAGUGCAGUUCGAUUGGAAAUAACUGAUUCUUUCACCGAUCAGUCGCCUUCAACUGAGUUACAUAAUGCAGAUGUUAAACAAGACUAUGAUACUGGACACCAUGAUAACGAUACCUCGAGCGAAAUAAGUGGCAGACCCCAAGAUCCAGUUUCGGACUGGGGUGAUGAUCCAUCGAAUGACAUGAUUGAUAGAUCCCGGGAUCCAGUAUCGGACAAAGCUGACGAUGCGUCGAGUGACAUGAUUGAUAGACCCCACGAUCCAGUUUCGACCUGGGAUGAGGAUCCGUCGGGCGACCUGAUUGACAGAGCUCAAGAUUUAGUAUCGGAUAAAGUUGACUAUGCCUCGAGUGACAUGAUUGAUAGACCCCAAGAUUCAGUAUCGGACAAAGCUGACGAUGCCUCGAGUGACAUGGGUGAUAGAGCUCACGAUCCAGCAUCGGACAGGGCUGAUGAUGCAGCCUGUCCUGAUAAAAAGAGUGGACUUCCUAAAGUAGAAGGCGGUGUAGCUGUUGAAAAGGGCAUAGAAACGCACUUAUCGAUGUUUAAUUUUACUAGCAUUUUGUCACACCAGUCAGACAUGACACCGCAUCCAGGUCAUUUUGAGCAUUUACCAAAUUAG